AUGGCUACCGUCCUUGAAUCCAUCGUCGUUCCUUGCUCCUCCGCUCUACCUUCGGCCACUCUCUCCCCGAUAGCCACCUCCUCCGUUUCUUCCCGCACCGCCCGCCUCGGAUUGCCUCACUUCACUGGCCUCAAGGGUGUUUUCGGUCCUUUUAAUUCGGAGCUUGAGGAACUGAACCCAAUUACAUCUGUAAACAUCUCAAACUCAACAGCUUUAUAUUACUCUGAUUACUUUCCCGAAGAUUUCCAGAUUCCCCCGCCGGCGAUGGAGAUCCAAAAACAAAAACGAGUAAUGGAAAACAAUUACUUUCCUGAAGAUAUCAUAGGCAAGAUCCUGGUGAAAUUGCUCGUCAAAGACGUCAUCAGAUGCAGCGCCGUGUGCAAGUCAUGGAACUCCCUCGUCAAAACCCUUACCUUCAUUCAAACCCACCUCAACAAUCAAACCACUGCCGGCGACGUUUCGAGGCUCCUCCUUCUCAUCUCCCUCCAAUCAAACGAUUUGCAUUGGGAUAACCCUGCAUCUUCAUUCGGUCAGUAUUCGAAACUCCUAAAUCCAAUUCUCAGCAAUAAGAAUAGUAGCUGGACUAAAGGUAUGGAUUACGAAGUGAUCGGAACUUGUAACGGACUCGUAGGCCUGGCUAUUUCCUCAUCUUAUAUUGACCCCUGCCCUCCUGUAAUUCUCUGGAAUCCUUCCAUAAGAAAAUUCGGGUUUUUGCCUAGUCCUAGUCGUGCCGUUGAGUGCUACCGGUAUGAAAGUUAUAGUCUCUGCUACGAUUCUCGUAUCGGUGAUUAUAAGGUUGUGAGAAUUGUCAUGGAACCUGAUCGCGAGGUUGAGGUUGAGGUUUGGUCCUUAGCCAGGGGUACCUGGAAGAGUCUUAGUAAUGUUCCUGCUGAUUUCCCCCCUUAUACAGAUCGUACUGCUUUUGUCAACGGUGCUUUUCACUGGGUUCAACGCCACCAUACAAGGAAGGGGGAGAUGGACGAGGACUGUACAGUUUCCGUUGUGGCAUUGGACAUGGUUGAUGAAUCAUUUCGUAAUGUCGAGAUUCGCCAAGGUUUUUGCAGAGACUAUCCACCCAUGAUUUCAAAGUACCAUGGUGGUGGGGAUCAUUUGUGGCUUGCCUUAUUUGAGAUUCAGGGAAACUCGUCUUUUGACUUGUGGGUGAUGAAAGAGUACGGUGUGGUGGAAUCAUGGACUAAAUUAUUCGAUGUGUGUCUGCUAGGACCUCCGGAAGAAGAACCUUGUGUCGAGCCACUUGGUCUUACAAAGAGUGGUCAUGUGGUGGUCAGAUGGGGUCGAGAUUUUGAGUUUACUUCGUUCAAGACUUAUGACCCUAAGGACAAACAGUUUAGAGAUUUUGGAAAUGAGGCAUAUCACUACUACUUCAUGGAUUCUUUCGUGGAGAGCCUUGUCUUACUUGGCCAAACCAAUGUUUUUUCUUACUGA